AUGGCUGGAACACAGGUGGGGCUGCACGGACCAUUCCCGGACCGGCAGGUCAGGUCAGGCACAGACUCGGAUUCUGAUUCAGACUCAGAGGGUCUAGGCACGGGCAGUGCUGGACCAGGUUCAGGCUCCCUGCCGCAUUCGCAGGUCAUCCACAGCGGCCACUUCAUGGUCUCCUCGCCGCACAGCGACUCGGUGCCCCGCCGGCGCCACCAUGGUACUGAGCCAGAGCCAGCUGAUCCCCACACCAUCGACCUGACCCUCACUCGGCUCUUCGAGUGCAUGAGCCUGGCCUACAGUGGGAAGCUGGUGUCUCCAAAGUGGAAGAAUUUCAAGGGUCUGAGGCUGCUUUGCCGAGAUAAAAUCCGCCUCAACAAUGCUAUCUGGAGAGCCUGGUACAUCCAAUAUGUGGAGCGGAGGAAGAGUCCCGUGUGUGGGUUUGUGACCCCCCUGGAGGGCUCCGAGGCGGAGGAGCACCGGAAACCCGAGGCUGUCGUGCUGGAGGGGAACUACUGGAAGCGACGGAUCGAGGUGGUGAUGAAGGAGUAUCACAAGUGGAGGAUUUACUACAAGAAGCGACUUCGAAAGUCCAGCCGGGAGGGUGAGAUCUCCAGCCCGAAGCAGGAUGAGGGUGUGUGGAAGCCAUCGGAGAAAUGGUGCAACCAGCUGUUCUCUAGCGUGGUGCCCAUGCUGCUGGGGGAUGAGAAUGAGGAGGCUGGAGGGCGACAGCUUUUUGACCUGGACAGCUUCCUCUCGGACAUCUCAGACACUCUCUUCACCAUGACGCAGUCCCCCUGCUCCCACCAGAUGCUCCCAGAAAAUGCCUACACUGGGAACGCCGACAUGAUCCAGCCAGGCCUGACCCCACUGCAGCCAAAUCUUGAUGAUUUUAUGGAAAUCUCAGAUCUAUUCACCGGCCACCGCCCACUGCCUUCACAAAUGCAUCUGAGCUAUCAAGAGCAGCCCUGCUUCACGUCCAUGGCUGACACCCUAUACAGCAGCAGCAGUACCCCACCUGCCAGCCACGGAGACCCACUGAUGGCCUCCAGAGCCCUGCCUGCCAGCUAUGUUGAUGCCCCAAUCCCGCCCAAUGGCCACUUACAGUCUAGCAGCAACUGCUCCUCCCGGCUCAGCCUGCCUGGCUCCUUCCUCAGCCCUGAUUUCCAGCCAGCCCCGCGGCCCGUGGACCCCCGCAGCGGCCUGUGCUCUGACCUCAAGCACAAGCCCCCGCUCCAUUAUGGGCUCCCCAGCAAGAGUCUCAGCAUGGAGCCCUUCAGCCCUUCCUACUGCACCCCAGCAGCCCCCCCAGGAGCCUUCCUGCUGGGCCAGGACCCCCUGUACCCACCGGCUUCAGCACCGAGAUCCAAAUUCCAUUACUCCAGCUCCAUUACUGGCUCUUCACUCUCCACGCCAUGCUUUACCCAGCACGCACCAGGCUUGAGCUACAGCGUGGACCUUCUGCCAACAGCAUACCCUGCUCUGUCCAGUGCCCAGCCCCUGCCCCCAGUGAUGCUGAGCGGCCCCAGGUUUGCCACCCCCAAAGAGCAGUUGCCGUCUGGGGGCAGCAGCCCAAUGGUGAAGCCAGCCAGCCCCAAGACAAAGAGACCCAUGGGACUCCCUGUGCCCUCUUCCGUGGCUGUGCCUAACCCCUGCCUGACCCAGCUCCUGACUGCAGCUAAACCAGAGCUGGCCCUGGACCCUCCGUCCAUUCCCAGUACCACCCUUAUCCCCACGUCGCCAGCCUCCCCGGCAGGGGGCCUUGCUGAAGUCCCCUCUAGCUUCCUGCCCCGCAUGGCCCAGCUGAGUCCGGGGCUGUCUCCUGCCUCCAGCCCUUCGCAGUCUGUCCCCAUCACACUGGCUGUGGUACAGCCAGGAUCCCUGCUUGUCCCCAAGACGGAGCAGCUUUCCCCCACAUCGGCCUGUGCUAGUGACUGGCUGAAGCCUGGACAGGUCUCUCCGGUGCCGGUUGGAGUGCUGACUGCCGGGAUCUCGCUGCAUCACUCCACCCCUAGCCGGGGUAGGCCGGAGUCCAGCAAGACAGAGAGCCGCCGCAUCACACACAUCUCCGCUGAGCAGAAGAGACGCUUCAACAUCAAGCUGGGCUUUGACACCCUGCACGGGCUAGUGAGCACUCUGAGUGCCCAGCCCAGCAUCAAGGUCAGCAAGGCCACCACACUGCAGAAGACAGCAGAGUACAUCUGCAAGCUGCAGCAGGAGAGGGCCGCCCUGCAGGACGAGGCGCAGCGGCUGCGGGAGCAGAUCGAGGAGCUCAAUGCAACCAUCAACCUGUGCCAGCAGCAGCUGCCCGCCACAGGAGUGCCCAUCACCCGCCAGCGCUUCGACCAGAUGCGCGAUAUGUUUGACGAGUACGUCCGCUCCUGCACGCUGCAAAACUGGAAGUUCUGGGUUUUCAGCAUCAUCAUCCGGCCUUUGUUUGAAUCCUUCAAUGGCAUGGUCUCCACAGCCAGCAUGGACAGCCUCAGCGAGACGUCACUAGCCUGGCUGGACCAGUAUUGCUCCCUCCCAGCACUUCGGCCUACUGUCCUGAGCUCUCUCCGCCAGCUGAGCAUUUCCACCUCUAUCCUGACCGACCCGGCAUGUGUACCCGAGCAGGCCACCCAGGCAGUGAUGAGGACAGACCCCAGCAACAACUCCUCCUAGUUACAAGGGAGGGGCCCGUCACACCUGGUAAGAUGCUCCAUUUCUGCAAAACAACCACUCGCCUUCACCAGCAAGAGUCUCCUACUGCAGUCUCAGUCCCGCUGUCACCAUACUGCCUCCCCCAUCCAUGCGGUGGGAGGCCGUCAGCAAAAGGAAAGACAAAAUCAGUGCAUGAUCCAGGACACCUGCUGCAUGGACACGUUCCACCACCCAAGAUGCUGAUGUCCAGAAGAGCUUUUCCUCAGAAAAUUCCUUACCUGAAAAUAGCACCGUGCAAGGUUACAGAGUAACACAUUGGUGGGAAAUGCCGACAGUCUUGGAGAACCUGGUUCCUUCACAACGACUCCCUCCAGGUGCUGACCUCCAAUUAAAACACUGGUAUACUCUAACUUGAAAAGAGGCAGAGUGGCAAAGGUUGGUGACUUUAGGGGGAGGGAUAGCUCAGUGGUUUGAGCAUUAGCCUGCUAAAUCC